CUCUCGCGAUCUCGCGGGAGGUGCCUGGAGGGGCGGCCGUCGGUGCGUCUGCCCUCGCGUUCCCCGCCCCCGCCUUCGCCGCGGCUCCCGCCUCCGCUCCGGUCUUCGGCGGCUCACCGCCACCCCCGGCUCGGCCCGGCCCCUCGAGCGGCCGCCGAGACUGCGCAGCGCGGGAGGCGGGAUCCGCACGGCAGAGCGCGCCAGGCGAGGUCUCCGACGUGCUGGGCCGGCCGCGCUCUGGAACGCCGGUCCUGCCGCGAAACGCCACGCCGGCGCGCCCGGGAGAGAACGGCGUCUGGGACACGCGCGGCGGAGCGUUCGCCGGCCGGGUGAGGAGGCGACGGGGCCCGUGGGCUGCCCGCCUGCUGCGCUCUCGAAACACGCCGGAAUGAGUUACGCAGAGAAGCCUGACGAAAUCUCGAAAGACGAGUGGCUGGAGAAACUCAAUAACUUGCACGUGCAGCGCGCGGACAUGAACCGCCUCAUCAUGAACUACCUGGUGACAGAGGGUUUUAAGGAAGCUGCCGAGAAGUUUCGAAUGGAAUCUGGGAUUGAACCUAGUGUGGACCUAGAAACACUGGACGAGCGGAUCAAGAUCCGUGAGAUGAUCCUGAAAGGCCAGAUCCAGGAGGCCAUCGCACUGAUCAACAGCCUCCACCCCGAGCUGCUGGACACGAACCGGUACCUGUACUUUCACCUGCAGCAACAGCACCUCAUAGAGCUGAUCCGCCAGCGGGAGACCGAGGCGGCGCUGGAGUUCGCGCAGACCCAGCUGGCAGAGCAGGGCGAGGAGAGCAGGGAGUGCUUGACAGAGAUGGAGCGCACGCUGGCCCUGCUGGCCUUCGAUAACCCCGAGGAGUCGCCGUUUGGAGACCUGCUUCAUAUGAUGCAGAGGCAGAAGGUGUGGAGCGAGGUUAACCAAGCUGUCCUAGAUUAUGAAAAUCGUGAGUCAACGCCCAAGCUGGCAAAAUUACUGAAACUCCUCCUUUGGGCUCAGAAUGAGCUGGACCAGAAGAAAGUCAAAUAUCCCAAAAUGACAGACCUCAGCAAAGGUGUGAUCGAGGAGCCCAAGUAGAGUGCGCCAGUGGCCCCGUGCUCCCGUGGCCCGGACUCCUCGGAGCAGCCAUCUGUGACUGAGACAUUUGUACUGCAGUAGAGAACUCUUCCUCUUCCCCUCCCUUCCUUUCUUUCUUUCUUUUUUUUUUUGACCUGGCAUCUUUUUUAAAGGGAAAAGUGGCCCUUUUAAGCGCUGGAGAACUUGCAGCCAAUGGCACUGUCUCGUGGGAAGUGCGAUGCAGACUCUGCUGGAGGGCGUGUUCUGAAGGCGCGGACGGGUGGCGGGGCGCGCCUGCCACCGGCUCCCGAAGGACCGCACCCGGCCGAGUGUCGGGCAGGAGGGAAUAUUGUGGAACGGGGGCCUCCCGCUCGAAUCUGCGAAAAGCGCUGAUUGUCAUUCUGCUUUCUGUUAGCUUGUAGGCAGAGCGCACGUCUUCUCAGACCUCCUAAGGCUCGCCAGGCCUCGGUGCAGAAGUUGUUUCUUACCCCUUGGUUUUUCGUUUUUGUUUUUUCAUAGGAAAGACUAUAUAAAUUUGUAAAUCCUAAUUCACAGACUUUUUUCUUGUGUGAGGGCAUUGAGUUUGAUUUGUUUUCCCUUUCCGUCUGGGUUGUGUGGCUUUGGGGAGAUGUGUGCCUGACGGGUGGGGCUGUGUGUUUCUUAAUUUUUUAAAUAUAUAUUUUGGUGCUGGUUGUGGUGAGAGAUUCCUUCCUGGUGGAUCAACGAACCUUCUCUUCUAGGCAGUUUUGUUGAAAAUAAAGGUUUUUCUUUGAUCUCAA